AUGCAGAUAGGCGACCGUGCAAGUAACAAAAGCGGACUAUGUAUAGGUCGCGUCUUCCACCUGGAAGGCUGCGCCUCACACUCGGAAGUUGUGCGAUUGCACUCAUCAGCAAGGAAAAUUACUCGACUGCUUAAAUGGAUGCUGUGGAACACACUCUGUUUUCUGCUCGUAGCUGCUCUCGAGUUUUGCUCGGCAUUUCAGUGCUACAGCUGUAAUACGCAUAAAGGACGGGAAUGCAUAGAUCAGAAAGUUACAUGUCCAGGCGGUGUAACUUCAUGUUCUAUGGCAGUGUUUGGAAGUGGUAGACAAGCUCGUGUAAGAAAAUUCUGCACAAGCCCCGGCUCAACACUGUAUCAAUAUCUUUUGCUGUUUCCAGGAGCAAGCUUUUGCCAAAAUACAAAUGUUGGAACAACAACAUUUCGACCAGAUUGGUCCUAUGAUGCUCCUCCAGCUCCACCCCCACUAGUGGCUCCAUCGCUUCUAUGCGUGUGUACCACUUCGCUCUGCAAUGAGGGACAUUACACUCGGGUUGUUGAGAACACAAUGCUCAACUAUUUGCCAAGACAACUGUUACCACCCCGUGAUGACAAGAAAGUAGCAGUCAACUCAGUGCAAGAUAAUCCAGAGUUUGACCUUGCGAAACAGCUUGCUGAUGCUGGUUUCUGAUUAAGCUGAACGCGUUGACGGCAGUACGAUUUCGCUAUUCAUAUAAUUUAUUUUACAUUUAUACUCCGUUUAUGUUAAAUAAGUAACAAGGAGCUCACACAGUAGUGAUGAAUUUCACUAACAACACGGGUGCUAUACAUUGGUUCAUUUAUCCAUGCAAUAACUUGAGUGUAGAAGUUCCAACAAUAAAUGUUUAAACUUCUGCA